AGAGCAGCGGCAGACAUGAUGAGCACCAAGGCCUUCACCUUGGUCUCUGCUGUGGGCUGGGAGCUGCUAGCAGGCGACAAGGAGCGUGUGCACGUAGAAUGCGUGGAGUGCUGCGGGAAGAACCUCUAUGUGGGCACCAGGGACUGCGUCGUUCACCACUUCCUGUUGGAGGAGCGGGCGCUGCCCACCGGGACGGCCACCUUCUCUGCCGCCAAGCAGCUGCACCGACACCUGGGCUUCCGGAAGCCAGUGAAUGAGCUGCGAGCGGCCUCGGCCCUCAACAGGCUGCUGGUGCUCUGUGACAACUCCAUCACCCUGGUCAACAUGAUGAGCCUGGAGCCCGUCCCCUCGGGGGCGCGCAUCAAAGGGGCCGCGGCACUGGCCUUGAACGAGAACCCUGUGAACGGAGACCCAUUCUGCGUGGAAGUCUGCAUCAUCUCGGUCAAGCGCAGGACCAUCCAGCUGUUCCUGGUAUACGAGGACCGGGUUCAGAUCGUCAGGGAGGUGUCAACACCGGAGCAGCCCCUGGCCGUGGCCGUGGACGGCGACUUCCUGUGCUUGGCUCUGACCACACAGUACAUCAUCCUGAACUACAACACGGGCUUCUCCCAGGACCUGUUUCCUUACUGCAGUGAGGAGAAGCGCCCCAUUGUAAAGAGGAUCGGGAGACAGGAGUUCCUCCUGGCAGGUCCCGGAGGACUGGGCAUGUUUGCCACAGUUGCUGGUAUAUCUCAGCGAGCCCCUGUGCACUGGUCGGAGAAUGUGAUCGGGGCGGCCAUUUGCUUCCCAUAUGUCAUAGCGCUCGAUGAUGAAUUCAUCACAGUGCACAGCAUGUUGGACCAGCAGCAAAAGCAGACCCUGCCCUUUAAGGAAGGCCACAUUCUACAGGAUUUUGAAGCUUUGCAGGUAAUGUACAGAAGGAUUCUGCAGCAGGCCGGGUUUAUACAGUUUGCACAACUUCAGUUCCUGGAAGCUAAAGAGCUCUUCAGAAGCGGCCAGCUUGACGUCCGGGAGCUGAUCUCUCUCUACCCCUUCCUGUUGCCCACCUCCUCCUCAUUCACACGAUCCCAUCCUCCUCUCCACGAGUACGCGGACCUGAACCAGCUGACCCAGGGGGACCAAGACAAGAUGGCCAAGUGUAAGCGCUUCCUCAUGAGCUACCUGAACGAAGUCCGCAGCACAGAGGUCGCCAAUGGCUACAAAGAGGACAUCGACACGGCCUUGCUCAAGCUGUACGCGGAGGCCGACCACGACAGUCUGCUGGACCUCCUGGUCACCGAGAACUCCUGUCUUCUGACAGACAGCGCUGCCUGGCUGGAGAAGCACAACAAGUAUUUUGCACUUGGACUGCUCUAUCAUUAUAAUAACCAAGAUGCUGCUGCCGUUCAGCUCUGGGUGAACAUCGUGAAUGGGGACAUUCACGACUCCACUCGCUCAGACCUGUACGAAUAUGUCGUCGACUUCCUUACCUACAGCUUAGACCAGGAACUUGUGUGGAAGUAUGCUGAUUGGGUCCUGCAGAAAAGUGAAGAGGUUGGAGUUCAAGUUUUCACCAAGAGACCUUUGGAUGAACAGCAGAACAGUUUCAACCCAGACAGUGUAAUCACUUGCCUUAAGAAAUACCCUAAAGCCCUUGUCAAGUACCUGGAACAUCUAGUCAUAGACAGGAGCCUGCAGAAGGAAGAGUACCACACGCAGCUGGCCCUCCUCUACCUGGACGAGGUGCUGAGGCAGAAGUCCGGCACCAGCAGCAAGGCUGCGGAAGCCUCGGAGAUACAGCUAAAGCUCCAGCACCUGCUCCAGAAGUCCGAUUUGUACCGCGUCCACCUGCUGAUAGAUAGAAUCCGGGGCGCCGGGCUCCCCAUGGAGAGCGCCAUCCUGCACGGGAAGCUGGAGGAGCACGAGGAGGCCCUGCGCAUCCUGGUGCACGAGCUGCGGGACUUCGCGGCGGCCGAGGACUACUGCCUGUGGCGCUCGGAGGGCAGGGACCCGCCGUACCGGCAGCGGCUCUUCCACACGCUGCUGGCCAUGUACCUCCAGCCCGGCCCCACCGCGCCCGAGCUGGCCGUGGCCGCCACGGACCUCCUGAACCACCACGCGACCGACUUCGACGCCGCCCGCGUCCUGCCGCUGCUGCCGGGCACCUGGUCGGUGCAGCUGCUGCAUCCGUUCCUGGCCGGGGCCGUCAGGAACAGCGUGCACGCCCGCAGGACCGCUCAGGUGGCUCUGGGCCUGGCCAGGUCCGAAAACCUGAUCUACAAGUACGACAAGAUGAAGUUGAAAGGAAGCUCAGUUCAGCUCUCGGACAAAAAGCUCUGCCAGAUGUGCCAAAAUCCCUUUUGUGAGCCUGUGUUUGUUAGAUAUCCAAAUGGUGGGCUCGUCCACACCCAUUGUGCCGCCAGCAGACACACGAACCCCAGCGCCCCCGGCCCCGGCGCGCGGACUUGAAGAGGCCCAGCCGAGGGCGCAACGGGGACCCUGAGUUCUUUACCAAGCCUGCUGGGUGCAGAGGGCAGAAAGCCGCUGCACUGGUAUCGGCCAAGGGGUGACAUCUGGGCGCUGGGGAGACCUCAGUCAAUGUGAAACUGCUGACCACCCCACCCUGAAUGUACGCUGAAAAUCCCGGAGACAGACACACGUCAGGGUUCGCCCGACCCGCGGCACAGUAAUCCCAAACAAAUGUCUACUUUCAGAGGAAAAUGAGCCUUCCGCGUGCCGUCCAGACAAGCUGGACCCCCCACCCUGGUGCCCCGGUCUUCAGACGCGCAUUUGCACUGGAAACAUUUGCUUCAGCGCGGCAGAGUCGGAACUCUCGCUGGGCAGGGUGAGGGGCACGGCCUUGGGGGGCGGGGGGCUGCUUCCGGGAUUACCUCGUGGGCUCUGCCUUUGCACUUAGAAACGGCUGACCUUGGGGGGGGUCUUUCUGUUCUUGCCUACUUCCCACCUGGCUCGCAGCCCCUCACAGCUUCUGCCCUGUGUCCCCGAGCGCCCCCUCUCGGGGAAGUCGAGGACCCACUGGAAAGUGCUAAAGCCCCAGGUGAGAAGCUGCUGGCCCCGCGUGCAAGACGGCAGACAGCAGGCCUGCGGCACGUGAGGGCCCCGGUGUCGCCGGUCGGGCCUGGCCCGGCCCGCCCCGCCACCUGCUGAUUUGAAACUCCACGAUUGACACGACUGACUAGAAAUUAUUAUUUGAAGUUCUGUCAUCUCUGCCAUUUCCUCUGCUUUAGAAUUUCAUCUGUCAUAUCCGUUAGGGACAUUUUUUUUUUUUCCUGUUAAAAUGUACCUCCUGCUGACCCCUCGGGAAAUGAAAAGGGAGACGUUAUGAGCACAAGCCACGCGGAAGUUCACGAGAGGCCGGUUUAGCCUCGCCCAGUCACACGUCAGGGUUCUGGCAGCAGGUGACAGCUGCCCUGGCCUGUGACGAGGCGCCAUCUUGCCUGCCGGGCGCUUCUGCACACCCCGACGAGGAAGUCCAGUCAGGCUGCCUUACCUCCCAGCACUUUACACGCCUGCUCUGAGGUUUCCUGAACACACAGGAGGGGUCCCUCUUGUUCACCACAGACUAGGGAUUCGCUGUGUUUCUGCCGAACAUCGCGGAGAAGCCGAAGCCGUCCUUACUUCACUGCCCUCUUUUGAAUUUCCUCACUGGGAUUAAUGAUCCUAUUAGGAACUGUACCCCCUGCCGUCACGCUGGGAAAGCAAGCACUAGCUUGUAUGUGUCGCAGGAGAGGACCCUGGAAUACCGCCUCUCUCCAUCAGCCCGAGCCUUACAGGGCGGGGGCUGAAGAUCUCACGGUCCGUUCCCGAAACAGUGCUCUCCUGUACUGAUUGAUAAUGGCCAGUCUUCUUCUUCCUCCUGUGAUUCUAAGUGGCCCAAGAAAGCAAAGGCACCCCUGCAUUCCCCCCUAGCCGUGUCUCCAUCUGAAGAAUCAGUGAUGAAGAAAUGCGCCUUGUAACUCAGCCGCGUACUAUGUCAGUGGGGACGAAGUCGAAGCGGGGUCGUGAGUUGACCCUGUGGAUGACUGGUGCGGAAUGGUCCUGUAACCGUGCAUGGUACCAUCACAAGUCGCGAGCUUGCCUUUCUCCCUCAGAGAAUAAGUCCCUAGCGCGUGCAGGACCCCACUGCUGAAAGCACUGUUCCACCGGCCACAUUGUGUGGUCUGGAGAGCGCCUUGUGAUUGCUCAUUCCUAACUUGGGGACACUAGUCUCCGCUCUCUCUGAACACUGGUCAGUUUCUUGAAACGUUUGUCAUCCUUUCGAAUGACGGGGAUUAAAGUCGAGUCGUCUCCUGUGUUCAGAACCGUACCUUGCUCUCCUCUUUCUCUGACUCCCAUGGGCCCUUUUCGCAAGUCAGAUUUUUAAAAUAAAUACAUGGUUCUUUCUAAAGGCCUGCUGUUUUGUGACUGUGGCGUUGACUAGAACAAUUAGAACAUUGCUCAGCCCUUUCCUCCCCUCAUUAAGUUCUGUGUAACCAUUCUAGUUAAAACAGCAUGAACUGAACCCAGUUGGCAUUCAUAUUCUAUGGGCGAUACUGUUGGGUUUUAGGAACUGUUUCUCUGCUGUUGCCUGUCAGGUAUUAACGUGGCAGCGUCCCGGAGGGUGUGCAGCACUGGGCCUGAGCUCAGAGCCGAAGAGCUCAUGCCCACGAGCUUGGUAAAUGUGCUAGCUGAGGUCCGGAGUCCAGAGCGGUUCGGGUGGCCAUGGGGUCGCACCACCAAACCAAUGCCUGUCACACAACAAGGGUAGCCCUUGCUUUUUGCUUGCUCCCCUGUGGAAACCUUUGUCCUUGCAACUUUAUCCUUCACCCCUGGUCAGGUUCCAAAUACACAAGAUGUACAAAUGUAAACUUGUUGAUUUUAUUAAAAUUCUUUUAAUUCUU